AUGAGAGGAAGAGGAGGAGGAGGAGGAGGAGGAGGAGGAGAAGAAGAAGAAGAAGAAGAAGAAGAAGAAGAAGAAGAAGAAGAAGAAGAAGAAGAAGAAAGAUAUAAAAAUGUCUGGAACCUGGUGAUCACAGAUUUCCAAAGGCUUAGAAAAUUGAAAACAUUUUUAACACUGUGCAGUGGGUCUUUAUCCUUUACACCAAUCCAACUAUUCUUCAGGACUCUUGGCACUACCAAUGCAGGGGCUAUAGACCUCUUAAUAUUACUGCUAACGGGUAUCUCUUCACAUCUUCUGAUUUUGUGGACGAAUGAAGAGAACGGAUACAUGCCCUGCUUUGCCAUUUCUGAUAUUCUGGUACUGUUACAUUUUUUGUUCUUGUUUAUAUCUUUAUGCACAAUGGAAUAAAAUAAAGUUUUUUUUAAAAAAGAAAAGACAUAAAGUUCUUAGAAAUGGUGACGGUGAAGAUGGUGUUCUUCAAAGGAUUGACUCCUCAACAGCCUUCCUUACAGUCUCUUUUUGGAAAGCCCGUGGCUCAACACAGCCCCUCUGACUCUCACCACUCUUGCCUGAGAUCUGGAGAGCCAGGCACAGAUUUGGGGUGCAAAAUAUGACCACUGUGGGGUGUGGCCUGAAGAAAGUCCCAAGGGCCAGACAGAGAUGUCUCAAGGGCCUCAUUUGGUCCCUGGAGUUGAGAUUCUUCACUUCUGCCAAAAAGAAAACAAAACAGGGCCACCCUGACUCCCUCUGUGCGUGACUUUCUGACAAAACAUAUUGUUGGUUUGACUGCAUUGAAAACAUCCCACAUUUCACUCCCAUGAUGAGAUGGUGGAUGAUGAGACCUGGAUGUUCCCUAUUUGCUAUUCAUGAUUAUUUAAGUCAUUGGCUUAGGAAUAGGACAUAUAGGAAGCUGUCUGGGUCAAACCAUUGGCCCAUUAGCACAGUAUUGUUGAUACUGCCUGGGAGCAGCCGUCCAGAAUUUCAGAUAUGGAGUCUCUCCCAGCCCUACCAUUGGGGAUUGAACCUGGCAAAGCAAAUGCUGUCCCACUGAGCUACAGCCCUUUAAAAUCAUACUGACAUACCCUACACAUGUCCUGGAAAAAAACCAGGACAUUUCAUUUUCUUGCAUUAGAGCACAGUGGCCAUUUUGGGUGCCGCAAUCUUGUGCAAUUUCACGCCAAGGUCUCACCCUGAAAAAAGUGCUUUUCUUGGGGCUACAAUAUCACAUGGCAACCCAAAAUGUGCAUUUUUGGGCACUGGGUGAGCAUGGCCUCAUAAAAAGUGUGUCCUUAGUUGGUAUUCUUUUUAUUAUGUUUUUAUUUUUGAUGACCUGUAAAAUGUGUUCUCAGUGCUGUACAAUGCCCUGGGAUCGUUUCGUAAAGGGCAGUACAGCCAUACCUUGGUUUUCAAGCAGCUUAGUUCUUGAUUGUUUUGGCUCCUGAACACCACAAACCCAGAAGUGACUGUUCCAGUUUGCAAAUUACUUUUGGAAACCGAAUGUCCAACGGGAAUUCCGAUUGGCUGCAGGAGCUUCCUGCAGCCAAUCAGAAGCCGCAAUUUUGUUUCCGAAUGUUUUGGAAGUCGAACGGACUUCCGGAAUGGAUUCUGUUUGACUUCCAAGGUACGACUGUACAGAAAAUGUAUUAUUAUGAUUAUUAUUGUUUUUUCAUAAAGCUAAACAAAACGUUAUUUGGAUCAUCUGUGUUUGGAUUCCCCUAUGCAUUGAUUAACACACAAAAAACUAGCCAAGUGUGGGGGGCAAGUUAAUUUAGUUCUUUUUCGUGCUCCCUGUUCCUAUGUCCUUGUGCUAACUCAGCUAGGCAUUUCACAUGGGGCACAUGACUUGUGCAGAAUAUGGGCAGGAAGAAGUGUAUCCAUACCAGUUUUGUGACUCAAGAUUUUGGAGGGUAUGUACUAAAUCAGAGCAGUGGUCCAUCUACUUUGGCAUUGUCUACACCGACUGGCAGCUGCUCUUCAGGCAGGGGACCUUCCCAGCUCUACCUGAACAUGCUGGGGGUUGAUCCUGGGACCACCUGCAUGCAAAACAUCUGCUUUUCCCCUGAGCUGUGGACCUUCUUGUCCCGGUGCCCUUCAGUCACCUUUGCAGGCCCACGGGAACCAAGGUGAGUCACGCAAGGAAAUGUGUGCUGGCCAUCUCUUGGCGAAAGUCACGUCGAGCCGGGUGAGUGAGGAGGUGAGUGAUGCGAGGUGAUGACAUGGGUCAAACGUGGCAAGGAAAAACACCUGACAGCCUUGGCCAAUCACUUUCGAGCACACUUCUCCAGUUGUGCACUCUAGAAACGAUCCCUGACAGGCUCAAUGUGUCAAAUGGGGAGAGAAGGGAGCAGAAGAGAGUGAGAAUUGGCAGCACCCUGUCAACACGAGCCGUGGCUCAGGGGCACAGCAGAAAGACAGGCUGGCUCUGACCUUGCACACAUGAGGUCUAGGCACAGGCACCCGCACCAAGCUAGUUCCUCAUGCAGGCAGCUCUUCCUGGCUGACCCAGAGUGAAGGUUGCAGGGGGAGCUCAGCCCCAGCACAGGGAGGACAGUAAAGGGUCUCCUGUCAUCCAUGAUUGGUGGUGGAGGGGGUGACCCUGUCAAACCAAUGUCCCUUCCCAUCUCCCAAGAGGACAGGAGAAGUUGUGUUGGCAGCAGCAGGAUGGACUCUGUCUCAGCUUGGAACAAGGGGAGCUGCUGAAUACUGAGUGAGACUGCUGGUUUAUCUAGCAUGGGAUUCUCCAGAGUUAGUGGCAGCUGUUUGGCAGGGCUUCAGGCAAGGGACGUUCCAGGGGUGCCAACUUGAAUAAAAUAUUGGGGGGGGGCAGGUAAGCCCUGCCCCACAUAAUCGCUCACAGGGCACGGUGCAUGUACACCAUUUGAAUGGCAAUGCCCCUCAACUUUGGGGGGGCUGGCCCCCUGUAAUAUUUUGCUGGGGGUGGUGGAAGCCCCCUCAGCCCCAGGAGAUGGCUCCUAUGGGACAUUAAUAACUGUAACCUGGAGAUCAUACCCUCCAACGUUUCUCAGAUGAAAAUAGGGAGAUUUCUUACUCCCAUGCCCUCACAACGGAAGCUCAAACCCCCAUUUUUUGUCCCCCACAGAGCAUUUCCUAUCAGAAGUAGGGUGUGUGCACCACCACUACACCAACCAUCCUGAAAAACUCCUAAUCCCUAUUCUAUUCCAGAGCCGGAUUUAGGUUUGAUGAGACCCUAAGCUACUGAAGGCAAUGGGGCCCUUUAUAUGUCCAGCUGUCCUUUGUCAACAACAAAUUAUCGCUUGUUUUUGUGUUGAAUAUAUGCUAUAUGGUCAUUUAUGGACCUAAUAGGUAUCUAAAGCCAUUUGCACAUGUUGCCAUGCAACCAGUCCAUGCAGAAUGUAAAGUAAAGGUAAAGGGACCCCUGACCAUUUGGUCCAGUCGUGACCGACUCUGGGGUUGCGGUGCUCAUCUCGCUUUACUGGCUGAGGGAACCGGCAUACAGCUUCCAGGUCAUGUGACCAGCAUGACUAAGCCGCUUCUGGCGAACCAGAGCAGCGCACGGAAACGCCAUUUACCUUCCCGCCGGAGUGGUACCUAUUUAUCUACUUGCACUUCGUGCUUUCGAACUGCUGGGUUGGCAGGAGCUGGGACCGAGCAAUGGGAGUUCACCCCGCCGCGGGGAUUCAAACCGCUGACCUUCUGAUGGGCAAGCCCUAGGCUAACACACACCAAUAUAUAAAUUUUAGAAAGGGACAAGAUUAGAUGCGGAUGCACAAAGCAUUUUUUUUAAAUAAAAAAAUCAAGACUCCUUGCACUCUACUCCACUCCACCUUGCUUCCUGCCCAGGGCAUCCCUGCCCUCUGCCUGCCCCUCAGAGCCAGUGCCUCACAUGGGGCAGGGCCUCAGCAGUGGCAGCCUUUCCUCCUCCUCGCCUGUUCUCCAGCAGCCGCUACAAGCUUCUCAAGGGAGGAGGCUGGCAGCAGUGGUCAUGAUGAGGCCAGGGAGAGGCAGCGGUAUGCUCUCUCGCAGCUGCAGCCACUGCAGCCGUCGUCGCUUGGGACAAGCAGUGGCUCAUUCUCUUUCGUAAGCUUGCCAGUGGCAGCACCAGUGGAGGAAGUAGGGACAUUCCGGGAUCAAAUCAGAAGCCGGGAUGGCUUUUGUAGUUCCAGGACUUCCCCCUGGAAAAUUGGGACACUUGGAGGACAUAGUAAAACUUUAAGCAAAACAUUUAAUUGGAAAACUUGAAAUUAUGCCUGUGGGCUAUUGCAGUGUUUCAAAGCAAAAGGAUAGUGGCCCAUGUUCAAACCCUACGCUGUGGUUCAUCUUUACUACACUUUUCUCUGUUGCUAACAUUUACUUUCACCCUGUCAACCCAUUUCUCGGAGGUGAUCUCCAGGUACUCAGGGAAGUCGAUUCAGAGGCUUAGCCUCCGGGAGAAGUAGUUUCUUUUCCCUACGACUCUUCUCCUGACCUCCCCGUUUUGUUUCGGAGAUAUUUUUGGAAGCAAAAGCUUUCAUUUCUCUCCUCCCCCCACCCUCUGACAGGCAGAGUGCCAUUUUAGGGCUCUUGCCUACUCAACCAGAAAAACAGUGACUGAGCCUGGGCGGAAUUAACCUUUAGAUUCAGCAGACGAGAUGCAAAAUCCUUUCUGAUGAUUAACCCCUUGUUGACGAUGUCAUCCAUAGGGAGGAUGUCUGUUCCCUGACAGUCGGCUGUGAGAAGCAAAGGAGCAAAAUCACUUUUUCGAAGGUGGCAACCCUACAAGCAGAUUUGGGUGACAGAUACACCUGGGCAAUGCCUGAUCUGUAAGGUUUUGGCACCUGAGAUGCUUUGGUUCAGCCUAGGAGAGUGAGCAGAGGGUGGCACUCACCAGGGGGCUGCAGGGCACCCGAGCCACGCGUCUCUCCUGGGAGUGACACGGUGGCUUGGGUGCCCACAGGCUCCAUGCUGCUCCAAAUGGUCCACCCACCACCUCCCCCUCAGCUAUAGGGUGGCUUAGUGGGAAGAGGCAGGCAGACUCCUCAGAGGACCCAUGGAUCAUCCUGCCCCUGCUCUCCCUGCCCUGUGGGUGGCUGGCCCCGCUCCGGGUUCAGAGCAUGUGUGCUGCCCCAGGUGCCUGAUCAGCUUGCUCCACCGCUGGUUCUGUUACAGGGCAAGCAUAAGUGGAGAUACCCCUGCCCUGUUCUGUCCUCACUUCAGCGGGGCGCCCUUGUGCUCCACCUCACCCUGAGUUCAUGGAAGGAGCCUCUAUGUAAGUGCACCAGAAAUGGAGAGCAGGGGAAGGGGGGAGACUAGGAAUCUGGGACCGUGACUGGGAGGCAGGAGCAGGAGGAGGACUCAAGGAAAGAUGGCUGCCAGGGAGAGAGCAAGAGACAGAUGCAGGAAGAUAAUGGACUUCAAGUUAAAGCCGCCAGCUCCCCUGAAGGUUCCUGGGACAGAAAGGGAGAGAGAAUGCAGGAAGAUAUGGUCUGCAAGUUAAUGAAAGGAUGCCCCCCCCAGGGGGCUCCUCUGAGUGGUCCUCAAGUCUUCCCAAGGUGCCACAGCACACUGGUUGACAACCAAUGACGCAGUGAAUUGAGCAGAAUGGAAGGCGGAAGGCGUCAAAUUUUGGCCUUGCACAGGGUGCCACUGAAAUUUGAAAGACCAAAGUCCACCCCUGGUGAGAUCAGGUGUGGGGAACAUUUGGCCCUCCAGAUGUUGCUGAACCACAACUCCCCUCAUCCCUGGCCCUUGUGCCUGCUUGCUGGGGCUGAUGGGAGUUGUAGUUCAGCAACCUUGGUAGAGCCACUGGUUCCCCACACCUUGGUUAGAGGCCUGUAAUUAGGGUUGCUAAUGUUUCAACCGUGCCUCAUUGCUAUGCUUUAGACACAUAGGGAUCUAACACAAUCUGCAGGUGAUGCUCUUGCAUUGCUGGGAGCUGCCCUAUACCGAGUCAGAUCUUUGGUCCAUCUACCUCAGCAUUGUCCCUGUCAGAGGUCAGGAACCUAUCUGAGUCUGAGGACUGCAUUUCCUGUUGAGGUUAUAAAUAUUGUGCAUAUGAAAGCUGUUGGAUGAAUAAAAACAGGCUCCUGUAUUGAAAUAGAAAUUCUCCAGCCCAAAAAUAUGGUUCAAAAGCUUUACUUACAGAACUUAACUUCAAAACAUCUUAAAACGAAAAAAUAUCAGUUGCUGGAAAUGGCAGGAGGGGAGAGAUGUUCUUGUGCUUGGGUUCUGCUUGCGGGAUUCCCACUGGCAACUGGUUGGCCACUGUGAUGCUGAACUAGGUAGGCCACUAGCAUGAUCCUGCAGGUUCUUCUUAUGUUCUGAUAAGGGUGAGUAGUGUGGGAUGUGAUACAUAAGUAGCAGUCAAGUAUAACAUUCCUUGUUUUCCUAGAGUGGACAUGUGGGGGAAUGAUUGGUCCAGCCAGUUGAAAACUUCCUGUUUCCUCCUGGCUGGGAGAUACUUCCUUUGCAUAUGACUAGAGGUGGGCAUGACCGUACCUGUCCAGGUAACACAAAAGGACAGGACACGCAGCACUCUCUCUCUCUUUGACUCCAUCCGUCGUUGGAGCAGCUUUUUAGCUAGAGAUGCUCUGUUGGCUUCCAACCAACAGAGGAUACUGGGAUUAUCUCCAUACGGGAUAGAUCCACAUGCAUAUACUUUGUAACUAAGUCUGCCUUCAGGGAUCCAACUGUGAACUGAUGAUGUGAGUAAACUUCUUUUAUAAUCUUACACAAGACUGUUGUGUGUUUAUUCUUUUAAGAAGGAUAUAAGGGAAUUUACCAGGAACCUAAUAGUGAGAGGCUUACACAAGCCUGCAACCUUGUGCGUUUAAUUUUUUAAAAAAAUAAUAUUUAUUAGUAGUUUUCAGAAUUAUAAGAAGAGAAACAUUAAAAAAAACAUUAAAAAACAACACUAUAAUAGACAAAAAGAAAAGAAAAACACAAAAACCAAUACAACAAUACAACAAAAAGAUAAAAAGAAAAAAGAAAACAACACAAAUCCCAACUUACAUAUCUAAAACUUCCAUUUGCUUGUUUCAUUGACUUCCUCACACCUCCCUUUUGUAUUCUAGUUUAAUUAGUUAUUUCAGCAAAUUCUUUCCAUCUUUCUCAAUUUUUGUUAAAAAAUUCAUCCUAACCUAAUUUAAUCUAAUAAUUAACUCAACAAAUCCUUUCCAUCUUUCCCCAUAUUCUAUUAUUCACAUUACCUUAAUUAAUUUAACCUUAUCUUACCCUAAAACACCUUAAAGCUUAAAUCUUAGUUAUCAAAUAUACAUUACUCCUGAUAUCAUUUCUGCUAAAGUCAUAUAGUUUCAUUCCAACAUUUUCCCUAAUAUUCAUUAAUUUUUAGCCAAUUCCCCAAUUAGAAAAUUUUCUUUAUAAAUUUUCUUCCAAUCUUCAUCCAACGUCCCUUCUUCCUGGUCUCGGAUCGUGUCAGUCCUUACUGUCCAUUCCAUCUAGUCCAUCAACCUGGAAGCCUUAUGUCCGAGGCCCUUAAGUCUCUUCCAUGUCCCUUCUGCAAUUCUUCUUCUUCUUGUUUAUACUUGCCCUUUUCCUUGUCUUUUGUUGGUCUCUUUCUUAGUUUCUUUCCUUUCUCAUUGAGGGGUAGGCCUCUGGGGGGUUCCAAGCCAGAAUUGUCUCCAUCUCCCUUCAUCAAACCCGCCCAUUCCCCACAGUCCCACUCCCCACAAUCCUCAAUAUAGUCCAAAAAGUAUUUAAAAGCAUAUUCCAAGGUCUCUCCAACGUUGGGAACCUCCUCAACUCCAGACUCCCCCUGGCCCACUCCAACUUCAAUCUUCAAUGACAGCGGCUCAUACUCCUGUAGGGCCUCGGGACUCUCCAUUUGUAUUAUUUGGGGUGCAACCGCAUCCUCCUCCAUUAUCUUCUGCACUUGCCCAGUCAGUACAGAUUCAUGAGUUGGUCCCUGGAUAAUUUCUGUAUCAAUAUUCCCUGUUUGCCCACAGUUAUUAACUGCAACAGUCAAAUCCAUUUUCUCAUUCAUCAAGUCCAUCUUCUCAUGCAUCUGUUCCAGCAGGGCACUUGUCUUACAUAAGGCAAGCACCCAGUCUUCUUUCCAACUCAUCUUUAGUCAAGGUCAGAAAAGCCUGUUCCCACGGUCUUAAUCUCACAUCUGUUGAGCCCUCAAGUGUACUGCAGCAACAAUUUGACAAGCUCCCUCUAGAGGAGGCAAUUUCUAUUUGUAUCCAUUUUUUUUUUUAGGCAAGUCCAACAAAGGAAAAUUACUUUCGUUUUUCAGAUAUUUUUCAGAUAUUUUGUUUCUUUAGGAUGCAAAAGGCAACAUUGGAAUCAGCUUGUUUCUCUUCUUUAGCUAUCUGUCAAAAUAUCCCAUUCACAGUCAAUGAACCUCUCCAACAAUUUCUGUCUCUGACACCCCGUUCCCAGGUUAGAGACGGUGGAAACUUAUCCUUCUUCACUCCCUCUCCUGCUAGGGUUGAACAAAGUUCCCCCUUUUCUCCUGCUUCCAAGGGGGUUUCAGUAAUUCUAAAUGAAGAAAAUUUAGACUUUUUGACAGCUUUCCAGGCUUUAGCUUACAAAGUUUUUGCUUUAGUCUAUAUACAAAAGCGGAAGGCAGACUUCCUGUUUUGAACCUUCCCGCUUUGUUACCAAAUUAAGAAAUUUCUUGAUCCAAUUUUCCGUUUCUACUCACGGGUACUUAUUUUAAAUCCAAUUGUCGACAGGAAAAAGUCAGCGCUCUCCGGCAAUGGCUGUGCGGCUUCACUCCGUGAAAGUAGCAGUCAGUUCGCAGCACCGCGCUUCUCACCCCACUUCGCUCCGGAGCCCCUAAAUGGGAUUCCCUGCGAGUAGGGGGGCGCUCCUGGUGCCCUGCCGAACCCCACGUUCCCAGGCUUCCUCCGCCUGGGAUUUCUAGCGGGUCCCCACCUUCGCCGCGGCGGGAAGACCCAGUUUCCACGGAGCCCGUUCCUCCGGACGGAGGAACUCCGCCAUUCACCGAUGGCGCUGACCCGGAAGUCCUCCAACCUUGUGCGUUUAAAAGGGGAAUGUAAACACUGCUAAGUAAAGUAACUUGCAAAUGCAAGUUAGGGAGGAUAUUAAUAAACAAUAUAUCCUCUCCUGCCUCCCUGAACAUUCCCACAAAUAGCACCCAGAGAGGGUCAAGGGCUGGAUGGAGUGGCCUGGAGCACAUCUGGCUCCCAGUUCUGAGGUUCCCCACCCCUGGUCAAUACAGACUGACAGUUGUUCUUCAGGGUCUCAGAAAUGAGCCAUUCCCCUGGUGAUCUGGAGCAACUAAGAACUGAACCUGGUUCUUUUUGCUUGCAAUGCAUUGGCAAAUAGCCAACACCCUCCUCAAUUGCUGCAAGUCAACUGGUUGACCAAGCCCGUUUGAAAAGUGAUAGUCCUGCUCUUUCCCCUAUUGCAGAAAUCGCGAACAAUGGAAUGCAUUUUCAGUUUCACUUGUAUUUGUAAUUAGGAGGUCCUCAUCUUUGUCAAUGCACCCAAUCUCGUAUUUACUCAUAUUACUGUAUUUGUUUGAGGACUGUUUUUGAUCAAGAUACUGUAUUGUCUUUAUUUUUGGCAUCUGAUAGUUUGUCCCAACAUUUUGUUGUUGUUUCCCUGUCCUCCUGAUUUUUUGCACAUGUUUGCCCAAGGUGUCAAAAUGCAUUGUUCCUUCCCUCUUGGCACAUCAAAUGUUUCCCAGCAUUUUCCUUUGGGAAGGCCUCAAGGUGUCAUUGCACUUAACCUCUCCCUUGGUAACACUUAAGUCAAGCCAGACACGCAGUCGAUCAUUCAGGCACUGAUAGGCGAUGCCGAAGUCGAAUCCAGGCAAAUAUGAAUGGGGAGGCAAGGGUGCGAUUUAUGUCAGCAAGGAAGCAAUGAGAUUUCAGUCUGUGCAUGUGAGAUUCACAACAAGACUCCAAGGCUUUAUAUUGAUUAUAUAUUUUUUUAAAUGUAUUUAAAUAAAGCCCAAUAUGCUUUGACUGUUUAAUGCAACAAUAUUGCAAUAAGUUAAAGGCAGCAUAAGGUUGUACAACCUGCCACUGAACUUAUUAUUACAGAACAUAACAAAAAGCACCCCUCUCUCCACAAAAUUAUUUGGCUGAUUUACAUGUAUUCACUUACAAUAGGUUAGUUUGCAGUCGUUAGCUUUCCUGCAAUGAUAAGGAUAGUUACCACUUCUAGAUCGUUUUCUGUGAUACCAUCUUUUAAAUAACUAAUUUGGAGUACCCUGGAAAGCAUAUGGCAUCCUUUUUUUAAAUUUAAUUUUUUAAUAUUUAUUGCUGAGUACAAUGACCAAACACACACACACAACAAACAAAAUAAACAACACCAAAAAUACAACCAAUCAAUCAAUCAAUCAAUCAAUAAUAAAAUAGACAAACAGCCAUCAAAAAAAGUAUCAUCCUAAAAUACAAAAAGCACUAACAAAAAUACAUAAAUCUUGACUUCCCUCCACCUGUGUGUGACUUCCUUCUCUCUCUUUUGAUUUAAUUGUGUUAUCAAUAUUAAUUUGCCUAUAUCCUCUUAUAUCCAAUUCCUCUUCAUGUUUACCUGCAAACUUCAUUCAUUGCAUAUUGAUAUAUUUAUACCAGAACAAUAUUUCUUCAUAACUAAUUUGAAGUAACUUGGAAGGCAUAUGGCAUCCAAUUUUUUAUUUUUGCAAAUAAACUUUUUAUUAGUGUUCCAAUAUUCUCCUAAUAUUAGCCAAAUCAUAACAAUAUCAAUUAAUUCCCAACUAAUACAAUUAUUCAAAUGCUAAUCAGCUUCUAGCAUAUGGCAUCCUAACAUGUCCAAUAGAGUAGCCUAUACAGGUUUACAAAAGACUGAAUAAUAUAAGAACAAAAGAAGGCUGGAUCAGGCCAAUGGCCCAUCUAGCCCAGCAUCCUGAUCCAAGAUGGCUAGCCUUAUGUUCUUACAUUCUAACUUAACUUGCAGAGCUGGAUUCAGUUAGAUGCAAAGUCAUUAUCUUACUGCACUGCUCGAGUGCCUGCAACAUCUUUGCAAGAAGGAAGAAGAUAGGGACAAACAAACCCCAAGCUGGCCCUAUCUUAUGGGACCCCCUUGGCUUACCCCACCAGGUCCAGCAGUUGCCAGCUGUCACUGGAGGGUAUUUAUUUGUUUUUAUAUUAUAAAAUGUAUAUACUGUUUGAUAUAGUAAAACAAAACAAAACCCAAACCACUCUCAAAGUAGUUUACGAAAAGAAUGAAACAAUGAAACUAUCAGUAACAGAAAGUUAGAAACAACUAUUUUGAAACUUUAAAAGCUAAUUAAAAUUGAUGAUGAGCUACAAACCAAAUCAAAAUACUUGUUAUCUUUCUACAUAGCUGGAGAGGCUUGCCAGAACAACAUUCUUUUGCAGCAGCAAAAGCACCUGCCUGAUAACUAUAGGCAGGGAGUUCCAAAGCAUGGGAGCUUCAGAGCUAAAAGGCUGCUUUCUUGAAAAUGUAUAACAAGUAUUUCCUGGGACCUAUAACAGUGCUGGUUCCAAGAAUCCAGGCUACCGUUCUUCUACACACCCCAGUCACAUACAACAUUCCUGUAUAACAAUCAUUUCUCCCCACUCUCUCCCAUUGUUUCUUUUCAUCUUGCCCUUUCUUUCUUUCUUUCUUUCUUUCUUUCUUUCUUUCUUUCUUUCCUAAGAAAUUGGUGCCAUGAUGCUGCCGAACAGGGAUGAAGGCUCCAGCAUCUGACAGGCUUCCUUCAGGCCCAAACGCUUCAGCCAAGGACGCUCUUGGCAUCCGUAAGCAUGGAGUCAAUAUUCAGCACCAACAAGGAAACAAUCCUUUGACAGGCAUGGUGAUGGUAGGAAAAUGCUGAUUGGUGCAGAAGAUGCUUGGAGAUGCUGAACUUCUUGGUGGGCAAGAGCACCCCUCCAACAUUCAACUGUGGCAGGAUAGGCAUUACAGUGGUACCUUGAUUUUCGAACACCUCCGUUGACAAACAUUUCCAUUUUCGAAUGCUGUAAACCUGGAAGUAAAUGCUUCGGCUUUUUAACAUGCCAUGCAGCUUCCACUGAGUGCAAGAUCCAGAGGCCUAGCUGUCAGCUGUUGGGUCCUGAGUACCCACACAUCACAGAGGUGAUAUUUGGGCUUAUUUGGUGAUAUUUGGGCUUAUUUGGUGAUAUUUGGGCUUAUUUGGUGAUAUUUGGGCUUAUUUAGUGAUAUUUGGGCUUAUAUUUAGUGAUAUUUGAGCAACCAAUUUGUUUAUAUGACUGUGUGGAACCCAGUGCAUAAAUUGGUAUGGUAUCAUUAGAUAGUAAGAAUCACGUUUAAUUGCUGUUUUAGGGGUUGAUUUUAAAGAUCUGGAUUAAUCCAUUUUGCAUUACUUUCUAUGGGAAACUGUGCCUCAGUUUUGGAACAUUUCAGAACUCAAACUGUCUUCUGGAACAGAUUACAUUCGAAAACCGAGGUACCACUGUACCGAGGUACGACACUUAUUAUUAUUAAUUAUUUAUCUCCAAGGAACUCGAGGUGGUGUACAUGGCUCCCCGUCAUUUUGUCCUCACAACCCUGUGAGCUAAGUUAAGCUGAGAGGCAGUCACUGGCCCAGUGAGCAUCUCAGCUGAGUGGAGAUUCAAACCCUGGUUUCCCAGGUCAUAGUCCAAUACUACACCACACUAGCACUGGUACCACUAUUAUAGCAUGGGCUUAGAUUCAGCCAACAUCUUCACUAUCCCAGUAAAUCCAGGAUGGGAAACCUGCGGCAACAUCAUCAGACCAUUACACCAGAGCUUAAAAGCUUGCCCCAACUGACCAUACAGUAUGUCACUCGGCCAAGCUCAAGGUUCUUGUAUUAAUUUACAAAACCCAUAACAACUCACUGGUAUCCUUGCUCAGUCACUGAGAUCUUCACAAGAGGCUCUGUUACUGGUCUCCCUGGGCUUGGAUGUUAUGUCUUGGAUCAGCCAGAAGCUGUGCAUUCAGUAUUUGGGACCCAAUUCUGAGGAACCCCUCUUCCCUCUCCUUGUUGAACUUGAAAUGCUCAGCAAAGAUUUCUCUACUUCCACAGGCAUGUUUUCUGGAUUUUGUUUUUAAAAUGAAUUUAAAUUGAUCUGAUCCAUGGUAUGCUUUUUAAUGUGUAUAGACAUCCUUAGAAACACCAGUACAGUGUUACCUUGGGUUACAGACGCUUCAGGUUACACACUCCGCUAACCCAGAUAUAGUACCUCAGGUUAAGAACUUUGCUUCAGGAUGAGAACAGAAAUCGGGCUCCGGUGGCGCGGCGGCAGCAGGAGGCCCCAUUAGCUAAAGUGGUGUUUCAGGUUAAGAACAGUUUCAGGCUAAGAACAGACCUCCGGAACGAAUUAAGUUCUUAACCCAAGGUACCACUGUAUUAAAUGGUAUAUACAUACAGUAGCUUUAAAUUUUAUACACACACACACACACACACACACACACACACACACUAUUCGGGACUUUUUACUUGGUUCUCAGAGCCAGGAUUUCUCCAUUAAAUGAAAACAAGAGUAUCUUUUGUUGCAGGGAUUGGAAAUCCUAAACGUCCAAAUGUUAUUGGGCUCCACCUCCCAUCCCAUCAUUGGCCCUGCUGGCUGGGGAUAUUGGGAGCCCAACAACAGCUGCAGCACUUUUUUUGCAGCAGGCGGUGCUUCCAGACCACGGUAGCCCCCCAUAGAGAGCCUUGCAGUAGUCAAGUCCUGAAUUUACCAGGGCAUGGAUCACUGUUGCCAGGGUAUCCCUGUCCAAGAGCAGUAAGAUGCACUCAUGGCCACUGAUGCCAAGCCAAGCUCCAUCUUAUCUCGCUGUGUUCCAUACCUUUAGGGGAUUUACUAGCUAGGCUGAAAGAGUUUGAUCUUUGGGAAUUGUGACAUCCUCGGAAAUUUGCACAUCGGAAUAUCAUUGCCCACUAGAUUUUGCACAUGGCGAGUGUUCCAACACAGUUGUCAGCUUGUGCAAUGUUUCCACCUAUGUUUUAAAAGUGUGCAUUUUGAGGUGAGAUACUUCAAGUGUGUUACUUUUUGUGCAGUUUAUUUAUAUUUUUAAAAAUGGCAGAUUCACAUGGAAAUGAGAUGGAAUGGGCCUUUGGAGGAAUGACAUGAAAUAGGCUGCGGUGUCUUCCCCUACAAUUGCAAUAGACAUUAUUAUUAUUAUUAUUAUUAUUAUUAUUAUUAUUAUUAUUUACUCAAGAGGUUUUUCCACAAAUAGUUUCAAAAACGUACCAAAUCUAUUUGGCCCAAAAGGUGGAAGUGGGAUUAAAGAAAUACCUGUAGCAGCAAACCUCUUGCUAACCAUUGUCAACUCAAUGAAAAAGCAAAAUACUGUCUGUAGCCAAUGCUGAUUUCACAAGUCUCCUGUUGUCCUCUUUUGGGGCUCCACCUUUCUCUCCCUCUGUCUCUGCCCCCAACUUCUUAUUGUUCGGUUCAACUAACACUUUGUAAUGGACUGGUUCCUAAAAUGCAAUUCUGUUGUCAAACCCCCAGCAACUUUUAAAAGCCAGCAGUAUUGGAGUGCAGUGAGUCAGUCUGUUAGCUCUUGGGUCCUCUCUGUAGGCUGGUUACAGUCUUGUAAAAACCCCAUGCCUGGCAGGAGAAUCGGUCUACAAGGGCUGAUCAUUGACUCCAUUUUAUUGGCUGAAUAAAAAAAGGCCAGACUGCAUUUUGAGGACCAGUCAGUGUUCCUGGCUGCCCGUCUUCAGAAGGCAAGCAAAUCAUUAGUCUAUUAACAACUGCCUCUUGGCCUGUUUUCCAGCUUAAAAACAACAACGACGCUCUCGCAAUUGGCGGUAGGGUCAGUCUUAAAAUGUUAACAUUGCCUUCCAUCAGUCUCGGCACCCUGUAAACUGAGAGGCUUUUUGCUCCCUCAUCGGGGGAGUUCUCUUGUUCGUUUUUCCAUGUGUCUCUGACAUAUGGAGCAAUUUUUUUUUUUAAAAAAAGGAAAGAAAAGAAAAGAAAGCAGCCAGCCUCCUAGCUGUGUCAUAUAUUUGUUGGGGGAAUCACUGGUGUGUGACUGGGUGGGAACCUGGGUACAAAGGAAACAUGCCUUUUUAUGAGUCAGGAAAUUGCAAGCCAGACUUGGGGCUAAGCGGGGUGUCGCCCACCUUGGCCAAGUUACACAUCAUAAUUUGUCUCUAGGCAGAGUGAUUGGAACUGGGGAAGGAACUGUUGAAGGAUCCCAGGUAUGGCUGUGAGUAGACAUUGUUUUCUGUUCUGCAGCACUGUUUCUGUUUCUCUGCAGGUUGCCUUCCUCCCAAAACUACAGUAUGGUAAAAUUACACAACUUACUUCAUUUACGUAACUGAUUACAGAUGCGCAUAGAGACCUAUAAGCUCAGCUAACUAGCCAGGCUAGAGGCCUUGGUCCUAUUGUUUCUUUCCAGUGUCUUACCUUGUUCUAGGAGCAGCUUUACUCCCAAGGUUGUAAACACAUUCCUAAAGAAGACAUGCCUUGCUGUUCUGAGACGUACCUUCAAAUGUCCUAACCCCCUCAGGUAGAAAGGAAUGCAAAGAGAUCAUGUGCAGCGGGGGGUUGCUUAGAGAGAGUUCUUCGUUUGCUUGCUCAAUGAACAGGUAAUGAAGGAAAGACCAUACAAGGUAUAAUUAGUAUUGUGUUGUAACUUUAGAUUGGAGGAAGUUUAUGCAUAUGCAUUGCUUUAACAGAUAACAUCUAUGUAGAUUAAGGAGGCCCCAACCUUUCGGGACACAGGUGGCGCUGUGGGUUAAACCACAGAGCCUAGGACUUGUCGAUCAGAAGGUCGGUGGUUUGAAUACCUGCGACGGGGUGAGCUCCUGUUGCUCGGUCCCUGCUCCUGCCCACCUAGCAGUUCGAAAGCACGUCAAAGUGCAAGUAGAUAAAUAGGUACCGUUCCGGCGGGAAGGUAAACGGCAUUUCCGUGCACUGCUCUGGUUUCAUCAGAAGCAGCUUAGUCAUGCUGGCCACAUGACCCGGAAGCUGUGCGCCGGCUCCCUUGGCCAAUAAAGCGAGAUGAGUGCCGCAACCCCAGAGUCAGUCACAACUGGACCUAAUGGUCAGGGGUCCCUUUACCUUUACCUUUAACCUUUUGGGACUUUGCUCAGCUUGUGGAGAGUGAUCCCACUGUGCCAUUAUUGCUAGCAAUAAACACCCUUUGUUUUCUCACCGCUGUGGAGAUUUCCUUCAUCCUCAAACGUUGAUUUUUGCUACAUUACUUAUGCAGUGAUGUCAACACAUUAUUCCAUCCUCUUUACCCCCAUUCAAAUUACUUAUGAAAUUAUGUAACUCAUUGUCACGGCUGGAGUCAGACGCAGGUUAGCAUGAAAGACACAGGGCUCCGUUGUCAGUGAAAUUAACUCUUUAUUCAAGGAAAUGGCAUACAACUCAGCAACAAUUCCCAGUAGGUCUUGCCCCUAUAGAGCAGUUACCAGGGCCGGCUUCCACACCUCUAUAAUCCUCCUCCUUUCCCAGAUGUUUUCCAAACAGAGGUGUCUAUGCACCUUUGACCUCUGUUCUGCUCUCACUAUUCUGCGCGUUCAUAGAGACCAGGGAGAGGGGAGCCUGUUGCAGCAGGAGACUCCCUGGAUUCUUCAGCAGCCUCUUGACCUCCCUCCUCUGCUUCAGCCUCUGCGUCUGAACUUAUCUCUGUCACAGGCUCGUCCUGCUCACUAAACCCUGUUGCCCCUUUGGUUUCUGGCACCUCCUCCCAAUCUUCUGACCUCUCCUCGAUGCCCCACCACCAAUCCCCUGGCUCUGAGCCUUCCUCCUCUGGGCUUUCACUUUCCAGCUGGUGCUUCCCACUACUCCUCUUUGUCCAGCCAGUUGCUGACAUUUAUGUCAUUUAUGAAAUUAAUUAUGUAAAUUACUGCUGGAAGUUUGGGUGCAACUCAGCUUCCAGCAGAAGGGCUUUGCAGCAGGUUCAGACAGACAGAGCAAGGGACCUCCAGAUUCCCAGAUUAUCCCUGUAUCUGUAGCUCCUUGUUGCUUAGACUUAUAUACAGUGGUACCUCAGGUUAAGUACUUAAUUAGUUCCGGAGGUCCGUUCUUAACCUGAAACUGUUCUAACUUUAGCACUACUUUAGCUAAUGGGGCCCCCUGCUGCCGCUGUGCUGCCGGAGCCCGAUUUCUGUUCUUAUCCUGAAGCAAAGUUCUUAACCUGAAGCACUAUUUCUGGGUUAGCGGAGUGUGUAACCUGAAGCGUAUAUAACCUGAAGCAUAUGUAACCCGAGGUACCACUGUACUCAGGUUGCAUCCUGUUUUACAAUUCUUCCUCCUCCUCUUUCCUCUUCCCCAGACCUCAAUAUGAAGGUAAUCUUUAAUCCCCAUAGAGAACAAAGGAGCAAGCAUGGCUGCCUUGUCCUUCUCUAGACUACUUGCUUAGACUAGAACUAGACACCUUUUCUGUCCAAGUUAUGUAGUUCCUACAGCAAACAACUUUAUUAUUUUCUUACCUACAAGCACCUCUCUGUGUGACUGCAAUAAUCAAAGUGGUCUCUCUACCACGAUUCACGAGCUUAAAUGGUGCUCCCUUUGCAUAGCAAAAGGUUUUCUAUUUCCAUUGCUUCACUAUGUACUGUGUGAGUAAGUAAGCUUGCACUCAGCCUGCAUAUUCUAUGUGCAAAUAAAUUAUUAUAUCACAGAAAUGCUGUAAGCCUCCAGUGACCUUCAUUCUAAGGAAACCAGUUUCACAGCACGAGCUAGGAUCCCUGAAGCUUUCCCCUGCUCAGAGAUUGGGGUGCGUGUCAACAAAACAUAAUGCAUCUGUAGCUGGAUUAGAGAACAAUUUAUGGGAAAAUAACAACAGACUCCAUAAAGGCUGCAGAGAGAGAUUAUGCAAUGGCCAGAGGUGCAGAUGGAACUGUGAAGAGCAGACCACCCUCCAGAUAUUUCCUACUUCCCUCCUAGAGCAUGCUGGGAAUUGAGGAAGUUCAAACUGGGACAAGCAGCCCAGAAGGAGAGGAUGCCAUUCCAGAGAAUCCUCUGAGUAAUGAGAGGAAGUCAAGGCCCAUCAGCUAG